AUGGAAUCCCCCGGUAAAUUAGACUGCUCGAGCCGGCCGGCAAAGCGAAAGCGUCAAUCUUCACUGAGAGAGCAAGAUACCCAACCGGACUUUCAAUGUGAUAUGAGUAAACUUAAUUUCUUGACACGAUGCAAGCAAAAGACAAUUGGAAUCUGCAAGAACUACUCUCUCACAGGGGAAUUGAAACAGAUCCUACAAAGCACUCCUCAAAACGCUCUGAUGGCCCUUAGCAUGCUUGAUCUCUACCUCUGUCUAUGGGAGUUUUAUGUAAUAGACUCCGCCCAGAGGAUCCGUCUGGAAGAUGAGCAUCGCCUGUUGCAAGACUCCAAAGACUGGCUACUGCGCCAGAAUGAACAACUGGUUAAAAACUGCAAUUGCCAAGCUCUAUUGCUUUGGGAUCGUCAACAGGCCUUUCGAAAUAUGCAUGAGGGUCUGGCCGCAAUUAUUCGUGGAAGUGAACGAAGUCCUUAUCAGCCAGGAGAUCUACCGUAA